AUGCGCAGGCCGCCUAGAAAUCUGACAGGCUUUGUUGAAAGCAACACACUGUGUUGUCAAUACAUCGCAUUCAUUUUGUGCUAUGCACAUAUUAUUCCACAUGAUCUCUCUGUCGUGUCCGAGUGCAUGUACGAAUGUGUCCACCUGACGGGGAUAGACAUGUUUUAUCCUCCCAUUUCCAUUCAUUUACCUGUUAGAAUGUUUGUAGACGUAUCAUAA